UGUCGUUCGCAUGCACAACAGCUGUUCGACAUUUGACGGGAUCUCUUACUGCAACUGAGGGCCUUCGCUUUGCUGUGGUUAUGGCACGGUUUAAUGAGAUUGUGGCGAAGCUGCUUUUGGAGGGAGCUUUGGACACGUUCAAGAGAUAUUCAGUUAAAGAAGAAGACAUUGAUGCACUUGAGAAGUCUCAGCUAGGGGAUUUUGUUUGCCGGAAAGAGAAAAAGCUAGAUACACCAGUUCUAGAGAAUGGAGAUAAUUGGAGUGUGGGCAGCAGCAACUUGUUUCCCUGGGCCGGGCUUUACUAAAACAGGCAAGAAUUUUGGUUCUUGAUGAAGCCACUGCUUCAAUUGAUUCAACUACAGAUAAUCUAAUCCAGAAGAUCAUCCGAACAGAGCUUAGGGACUGCACUG